AUGUCUUUGGCUAGUGAGAGAAUAUGGUUGUCUUGGCUUCAGCAGGCUAAUCGCAAUUCAAUUAGUCUAAAGAACGUCAGAUAUCGAAAUCAAGCUCCGAAGAUAUGGAAAGACCGCGUGGAACAGUUGAAUAGCAUGCCAGUGACAUCGCAGCAUGUACUGCGCGUCAAAGUUCUUCGAAAAGCCAAGAAUUGCCUAGCCAGUGUGCUUCCAAAUAUUCUACUUCAGGACAUCGCAAACGAGAAUAUCACUUUCAAGUUUUGCAGGAGACACGGGUUUCGAAACCAGCUACACUUGCCAGACACAGUAAGCAAUGAAGGGAAAAAUUUACGAAAAGUGGCAGAAGGUGCGGCGGAGAUUGAGAAUUGGGACGUGUUAUCCAGUUUGUUUAAAAAUAGGCUUGAUCGUUAUUACGGGCCCUACGAUGAAGAUUUUGAGAAAUUGUAUGGGGAUACUAUCGAUUUUGAGGCCAGCCGGCUUUGGUGUGUUAAUGAUGCGCCCUACCGAGAAAUAAGCUUAAGUGCUAAAAGCGACAGCGGUGAUAAUGUGGAAUUACGCAUCUAUUGGCCCCCUCUGCAGUACUCGGUCGGUUGUCGGGGGCUGGGCGCGUCUUCAUCCAAAUGUAAAGAGCUAGCAUGUAAGGGAAUAUCACAGCUCCAGAAUCCCGUCACGGGAGAGAAUAUGCCUAUACUUGAAUUUGAUCACGUUCCCGAAGGCUUUGAUGCCAUUGGUCUUCUUCCCUCAAAAUUUCAACGGCAUGCGAAGCUUUUUAAGACUCACUCUGUGGCUCAAGCUGUCCUACCCUUCCGCAGCUGUACAAGGUCAGAGAUGAAGCAUUUGGAAACCCUCUCAAAGGAUAAACUCAAACACCGCGCAAUCUCAAAGUCAGGUGUGAAAAAUCUGGGUCAUGAUCAGGAUACUUUCAAAAGCACCGUUUCAACCAUGGCAACAUUGUUAGGCGCGUUGAAAUCCGGCAGUCUAAAGACUAAGAAAGAGAAUAACAGGGGUCAGAUGUGUUCAACAGACAUAUUGAGGGCAACCAUUUUAUCUGGAAACAUCACAGACAGUCAACUGAGGGAAGAAUAUGCAAAGAUUUCUAUACUAUACUGCAUUUUUCAGCAUUUGCGCAGGCUUACAUUUAAUAGUAAACCCUCAAAUGAGCUUUCAGAUAAUGCUGUUUUUAAACCUUGGGAUACAACUAUCAUUCGGGAAUUGUUAGCCCUCAACGAUCUGCAAAAACCUGGGAGUGUCGACGAAAUGUUCGAAGUUAAGGGCAAAUUCGAUUCCUUCUUGAAGAAGCUCCAUGUAUAUAAUUGUAUCCUUGUCUCAGAGAUGAAAUCACAAGCAAAGAACACUAGCGGAAAUCGCAGAUACCGACAAUUAGGAAUGGUGAGUAUUCUCAACAAAGUGUUUGUCUCUUGUAAGUGGAUGACCGAAGUAUAUCCCAACUUGAGUUUUCACUUGCACCGGACGCUCGAGCCUAUAGGAUUUGCCAACACAGUUGGUUCGAAUGACACCGCAUCAGGCGACAGGGUGUUCUUGACCGUGGACUCUCUUUUGGAAAUGGAAUCUAUCGCUUACGAAGAGCUUUACAGACAACCCAAAGACUCAAGGGUAGCGGCGAGCGACUGGCUGCGGGACUUCAAAAUAGUGCUACUCACAGAAGAGAAUUUGAGUGCUGACACAAGAAGGGUUUUGCACUUUGCAACUAAAAUCAACACUCAGAUUUGCCGAGACUUGCGGGAGGUCAGCAAGGUAUCAUUUUCCGAAUGUAUUUCAAAAAAGCUCAUCGACGACAGCACGUAUUUGUACCUGUACAAGACAAAACUGAUGCCAGAGAACAGCAGCAAUCACGUCGACGAGGUUUUGGGUAAUCUUGCGCGAGAAGUAGCUUAG